UCAUCGCAUGCUGAAAUCGUUAAAACCCAUCGACACAGGCCAACCAUACAACAUUCAAAAAAGAUGGUGUCGAGCUCCAACAGUUCUGGAUCAAGCGGUAUGAGAAGCGCGCCUAUCGUCGAAGCACGUACCCAGGAGUGCCUCGAAGAGAUGAGAAACAUGCCGUCGGACGAACUCGCAAACGUGAUCAUCUUAAUCGGCAGAACCGGCGUGGGUAAAUCUGCGCUUCUCGAAUACCUCACAAAUGCUCUAGGGCACUCGAAAAGCAGCCCCAAUGCAGUGACACUCAACUUCCAACUCGAACGCGUCAACCUUUUCAGCAAGCGAUACUACAUCAUGGACACGCCCGGCUUCGACACAGACAAGGAGCAAGACGUCUUCCGCGAGAUCGUCCGGGGCAUCGAAGCCGUCCAGCCCCACGCCAAAAUCGUCGGCGUCAUGCUCGUGACCCGCAUCAACGAUAACCGCGCCGAGGCAGUGGACAACAAGCUUGUCGCUUUCGUCGAUAAGCUCUGCGGUCCCAAGUACGCGGGCCAGAUCACGGCGGUCACGAACUUUUGGAACGUGUCUGAGCCGGAGGAGAAAAUGGAGUUUGAGAUGAGGCUAGAGGAACGCUUGCAUCAGUGGCGAGCUGUCCUCGGCCAGGAGAUGAAGCAGUACCAGCAUGGACGCCGGUAUAACUCAUUCGGCGAAGAUGCGGGAGAGUGUCUCAAAUGGCGCGGGGACUCCGACGAUAUAAAGGCGUAUGCAAAAGCGAUGGUCGAUCGCCACUACGGUGGCAUUGUCCCAAGGGAUCCAGUCAUCGUCCAGGAGCUGUUCGAAAACCAACCGCUUGGAAAAACUGCCGCAGGAGAGUUCCUUGGAAUUCCCCCUCCUCCCCAGUCCUCUUCUGGAUCCACCUCUGCAUCCUCUCCAGGUCAGACCGGAGCGACAACCCCGCCGCCGCCCACCUCCGAACCCGAAGCGGAAGAAAUCCCCAGGCCAUCAGCCUCGUCAGACAGGGCGAACCCGAGCCAGUCCCGGCCCCAGAUGCCCCCAGAACCAGACCGCCCAAACCUUGUCGAAGAUCUAAUCAAAGGGGUUUUUAAUAACGUCCUCAUUCCCGCAGCUCAGGACUUCCUCGCUAACCGGGCCCUUGGCGUGAUGAUGGGAGGGGCAGCUGGAGGAGCAGCUGGAGGAUUCCCCAGCCACCUCGACCCCCUUUCUUCCCACGACCAUUUCGUUGCCCGUGGCCUUCCCGGUGACCUAGGCUCUCGAACACAAUACGCCCAGGCACGCGGCAUUAAUUUAGAGCCAGGUUCACCGGCAUUCGGUGACGCUGUUCGCAGUAGCAUCAUGCGCGAGCGGCCAUUGUGAACGAGCUACAUGUGUUGCUCUGCAAUACGGAUGGAGUCUAGUCGGGGCGCCUACGGUACGAUUUUCACGGCCGAUUUUGAUAACUACAUGUUGUUUUUUGCUCUCCUCUUCCAUUGUUGUUUUCGGGCAGACAGUGUGACGGCGCGAGUGUGAUGUCAGCAGAUGGCGUCAACGCGAGCCGCUUGCAGUUUAUCCUACGUGGUCAGAAGUCGCAAGCGGAUACGGGGUGGAUUCCGCGCGUUGUACAAUGCACUGCGGUGGUAGGGGCGGUGGCCGUCGUUCGUUCUUCCUGUAACAUUCAGUCAAUGAUUCUUCGUAAUUUGGGUAUAGCAGACAUCGCAUUCAAGGGACAACUGCAUCUGCCAGGAGAUGUUCGCAUUGGCCAC